AUGAUUGUUAAGAGCAGCACCAGCAGCAGCAGGAACAGCAGCAACAGCAAGAGCAGCAGCAGUAAGGGCAGCAGCCGCAGCAGCAAGAGAAACAGCAGCAGCAACAGCAGGGCGCCUCAGAGUGCUGCAGUUAACCGAAGCAGCAAAACCGACGGCAGCAGCAACUGCAGCAGCAACAGCAGCAGCAACUGCAUCGACAGCAACAACAGCAGCAAUAACCACAGCAGCAGCAGCAACAACAACAACAGGGCCAGCAGCAGGAGCAGCAGCAACAGCAGCAGCAGCAACAGCAGCAGCAACAGCAGCAGCAGCACGAGUUAG